GCCUCUCAGGGCCUGGGGAGGCAGUCUUGGGAAUCAUGCAAACACAGAGGGGCAUCUCCUCCCUGCAGCGGUGGCUAUCACUGCUGCUGCUACUGGGUCUGGGGUUGCCUCCAGCCAUCUCCCAGACCCUCAGCUACAGGGAGGCUGUGCUCCGUGCUGUGGAUGACUUCAACCAGCAGUCCCUGGACACCAAUCUCUACCGCCUCCUGGACCUGGAUUCUCAGCCUCAAGGGGAUGAAGACCCAGCUACUCCAAAGUAUGUGAGGUUCCGAGUGAAGGAGACGGUGUGUGACAAGGCAUCGGGACAGCUCCCUGAGCAAUGUAGCUUCAAGGAACAGGGGCUGGUGAAGCAGUGUAUGGGGACAGUGAGCCUGAACCAGGACACAGAUGCUUUUGACAUCAACUGUAAUGAGCCUGGUACACAGCCCCGGCGGUUCAAGAAAAUUGCCAAGAAAGUCGCCCUGCUGGGUGAACUCCUCCAAAAAGGUGGAGCGAAGAUUGGUAAAAAGCUUGAGAAAAUUGGCCAGAAAAUUAAGAAUUUUUUUCAGAAACCUGAAAUCGAGACAAAGAAGUAG